AUGGCGAUUGAAGUUGUUUCGUUGACCGAGGCGGAUAUCCCGGGGACUGUUGAGGUCAUUCAACAAGCCUUUGCUGACGACCCCUACUUCAAUUGGGUCUUUGAUAAAUCCUCGUUCAACCCUCAGAGAAACUAUGACUCAUUAGCGGCCCGAUGCCGCUGGGGCAUCAAUAAUGCUAUCUUUCAAGUCGCCAAAGACACCGACAGCGCUUCGCCCUCUAUCCUGGGUGUAUCAUGCUGGUUGGCUCCGCAGCAAGCCGCCAAGCCCGAAUCCUGGUUCUCGUGUUAUCAAUCCUGGCUUCUGUCCUUUCGCCAGCUUCUCACCAACAUUCGCCAUGGCGGCCGGGGCGGUCUUCGCACGAAUCGAUACUGGAUUUGGAAAGACCGUCAACAGGAAGCGCAGGCAUCGAUCUGGGAUGAUCCUCGGGGGUAUUACUUCUGCAACAUCGUGGCGGUGAGCCCCAGGGCGCAAGGCCAGGGAGUGGGGAGAAUGCUCUUUGAGGCUGUCACGAAAGAGGCCGACAGGGACGGGAUGAAAUGUUAUCUGGAGAGUUCCAAGAAGGAACCCAAUGUGAAGAUUUACGAGAAGAUGGGAUUUGAAAUGAAAAAGGAAAUGGUGUGUCGGGAUGGCGAUGAUGUUUGCAUGAGCAUGAUCUUAAAAUUCCAACACCUACCCCCACGAUAG